ACAAUUCACACUAUGUUGUCUCGGGCAAGUAAAAUUCUUUGUAUUGGAAGAAACUAUGCUGCCCAUAUUCGUGAGCUUAAUAAUGCUUUUCCCAAAAAGCCCUUUUUCUUUUUAAAGCCUCCAAGUGCAAUCGUGGGACCAGGCCAAGGAAAGUUACUCUUUCCCUCAGACGUGAAGGCGCAUUAUGAGGUUGAACUUGGUCUUGUCAUGGGUUCCAAGCUGCCUGCUCGUCAACCCAUUUCUCACCCCAAGUGGAUGGAGGCCAUUGCUGGGUACUUUGUCGGAAUAGAUGUUACUGCACGCAACAUUCAGGAUGAAGCUAAGAAAGCAGGGCUUCCUUGGACGUUUGCCAAGGGAUACGAUACUUUCUUGCCAGUAGGUCCGUUCAUUCCCAAACACCUGAUUCCUGACCCUCACAAUGUCAUUGUCGAGCUUUCUCAAAAUAAAAACAUCGUUCAGCAUGAAAGUACAUCAUUGAUGUUGAAUCGUAUUCCAAGGAUCUUGGAGAGCAUUACGGAGGUCAUGUCUUUGCAACCUGGAGACCUGAUAUUGACUGGGACACCGAAAGGCGUAGGACAAGUGUUUUCAAAAGAUGUUUUAUCAGCUCGACUCUUGAAUGCUGAAGGAAAAGAAAUUAUCCCCAGUGCUUUCUCCAUACAAGCUGAUGUAGUCUAACAAUGACCGUUUGAAAAUGCUGCAGUCUAUUUCACCUAAACCAAGUGAAAUCAGCAUUCACGUCGCUACAAACGCAAAAUGUGAAUUCAUUAUAUACUCAUUCAAGAAGCUCAUGGGAUUGAGUGCUUUCUUUGACUUCAUUCAUUAAAAUAUUCAUCUAUAGGAGACUAUAAACUACUUUAUUUCACUGGUACAAACGAAAGGUCUAAUAAAUUGCUUUCAUUCUUUUACUCAUUUUGUAUUUGAAACGCUUUACUUGCAGAAUUUCUCUUCUUGUUUGUUUAUUAGUGAGUAAAUUAAAUUUCUAAAUAGCAGCCGGAACAUCUGUUGAGGGCAAUUCUCC